UAUCUGCAGACCAGCAAGUAUUGUCCUCUGUGCAACAUCAAGAUCCACGAGACGCAACCGCUCCUCAACCUCAAGCUGGACCGCGUCAUGCAGGACAUCGUCUACAAACUGGUACCCCGCCUGCAGGAGAAUGAGGAACGCCGGAUUAGGGAAUUCUAUCAAUCUCGAGGAUUGGAACGUGUAUUGCAGACGCACGCAGUGGAAGAUCCAGUGGUGGAUGUCACCCGGCAGUCCCUCUCUGCGGUGGUCUCUCAGAGUACUUCCCACUACUACAAGAACGAUGAACACGUCUCGCUGUGUCUAGAGAAAGUCGGGUAAGAU